AUGGCUCCCUCGGCAGCGCAACUCCUCCUCUUCUCUUUACUCAUCCUCGGGUCUCCUGCAACUGCAGCCACAUGCAGCGGUUGCUUCUCGCGGUCGAGAGCUGUUCACUAUCCGGACUCCGAUAGACGAGGAACAGAAACCGGAGCAUGCGAGUAUGGUGCCUUCGGAGCCACACUCUACGGUGGGGAUGUCUCUGCAGCAUCAAAGCUCUACAGAAACGGCGUGGGUUGCGGUGCAUGCUAUCUUGUCAGAUGCACGAUCAGAGGAUACUGUUCCAGAGAUGGGGUUGUCGUCGUCAUCACCGACCACGGAGCAAGCGACAGUGCAGAUUUCAUUCUUAGUCAGCACGCUUUUGCGAAGCUGGGUCGAAGCGCCUCCGCUGGCGCCGCCCUUUUGGCUCUCGGUGUAGUUGACGUCCAGUACCGCAGGGUUCCUUGCAGCUACCCGAAGAAGAACAUUACGUUCAAGAUGGAUCACAGCAGCGACUUCCCGUACUACUUUGCCUUCCAGAUAUGGUAUCAACAAGGAGACCGGGAUAUAGUCGCCGUUCAGCUAUGCGAGACGGAGAGCUUGACGUGCAAGCUGGUGGAUCGGAGCCAUGGAGCGGUGUGGGCGGUGGCGAUGCCACCGAGAGGGCCUCUCUCGGCGAGGAUGCUGUUGAGUGGAGACGAUGGCGAUGUAACCUGGCUGGUACCGCCCUACGACGUACCGGAGGAUUGGAGGGCGGGAGCCAUGUACGAUUCCGGGAUACAAGUGUACUCCUAGUGCUGCUUUUUUGCUUCGUCACAUUGAGACCGUGGCCAUGCGUGCACACCUGUUUGCUUUACGGCUACGAUUAACCGUAAUAUGAGUGCUGACU